UCAGUUUGGGUUAAAUUAUUCACUGGUAGGUAACCAGGCCAGAGAAUUCAGUGUGGCGUUGACGGCCACCGUGUGUAGACGUGGGAGUUCUGUGCUCUGCAAACAUUACCACUGACGUUUCUCAUUUAACAUUGACGAACCGUGUUCAAGGAAUGCUGAUGGACGGACUUGGGUGUAUAAUUAGUUCUAAGAGUUAUAUACCUGAAUUAUGAAAGCUAAACUAGGAUUUGGAAGGCACAUGUAAUUGCCCGGGUAGCGUGUUUUACAUGAUUUGCGAUGUUGUGAAAUAGUUUACCGAUUUUCAGCAUUGAGAGGUAAAAAAAAUCAAACAUUUAGUGGGAAAAAAGAUGGUUAAUUACACACAAGUGUUUAUCUGAACAUUACAUAAUUUAUAGUAUGAUAUUAACUUUACAAUGAACUGUACCCACCAAGGUGAUGGAUGUUACUAAAACAUUGUAGUGUUUUUCAUUGGUUCAUAUUUCCUGUCAGUAAUGCGUGGACCCACUAUGUGUUGGCGAGUAGUAUUAAAACUUGUGUUGGUGGUGGAGGGGACCAAGAGUGUGGUUGUAAGCGAAGUAAACGUUAAUAAUGGCAGCCAAUGGGCAACCCAGCCUCUGACGGGAACUGCCAUGAUGUCCGCUUUGCCCUCUUCCCAAUUGAUGGAGGUCGCGCACUACGGCAUCAAGGAACGCCACCUGCCUUCUGAAGCACCUCGCCACCCGCACAGACCUGUUGAGAGAAAUAGAAAACCCAUCCCGAGAGGAUCAGUAGCCAUUAACACUUACUACAACCCUACUACUGGUCUUGCUCGCCACCCUCACAGCCCUGGUGUCGACUCCCCUCGAGCCUAUCCUGGAGCACCUGAAGGGUCUGCAGGGACAGUUAGUGUGUGGAUGGACUCUCUGCCGUCUGGUAAAGAUGGCAAACCUGGAACCUCUGUAAGGAGUCUGGACCCGCUGGAAUACCUUGUCGAGGACGAAGAUGAGGCUGAACCUGGCACGUUGCAAGCAGCCUUGCAUACACUAUGGACACAAAGAUACGAUGCAUAUAAUACCCUGGAGGAGACCAAGUCUGCUGUUGCUGCUGUCCACCAUGCUUGGGAUACCUUACAGAACCACCAUCCACACUCAAACGCUCACCAUAUAGACACCCAUUCAACCCACAACUACAAACCUGCAAGCUCAACCAAAGUGUUUGGUCACCGCCACAGUUUUGCAGGAUCUGAUGUGGGGACAGCAGAUGUUUCUGCUGCAAUAAAAUUUGCUAAUUAUGGUCCUGGAAAGAUUUCAGAUGGUCAUAUUCAGCAUUCGAUGGUUUUUGGUGCUCAUCACGCUUUUCCCACUGUUGGAGGACAGGGAUUUAUUUCAGGAAUGCCAUUGCAACCAGAGAAGAACCAGAACUCAAUUGGGAUGAAUGUAAGGGUUCAUCCUGCAGCAGCCAGGCCAGAAGGAAGAAUAAGAAGUACAGGAGCCAUUUACCCAACUGGUAUAUCAGAUAUAGCUUCAAAACUCCCAUACCAGAAACUCCCUACUUUAAAGCAGCCACCAAGAGACUUGCAGACUCGCCUUCAGAUGGUCAAGAGAAGGCUGUCAGCUGGUCCAGCAGGUAUCUCCAGUUCUAUGGGUCAUAAUACUCUACCCACCACCAACCUCAUUGCUCACAACCUACAGCACACAGAUUAUGAAUCCCAGGCAUUUCCUGAUCACAAGAGUUUGGAUCAACCCUGGUCUAACAUUCCACAUCUUAUAGUGCAUUCAUCUACCUCUCCUGGACACCUGAAUAGCCAAGCAAGUGCUGGAAAUACACAGACUGGUUUAUCUUUGGCUGAAGCCAUGCCACUGGCAAACCUUAUGGACCAUCCACUUAAAAAGAACUUUCUUAUAAAUUCGAAAGAAGUGUCAAAGCAAGCUGGUGCACCUUGGCCACACAUUUUAAUUAACUUUCAUCAUAUUUCAGGUUUCAAGAAUAAAGCUGGGAAUGGAAUGAGCACAUUACAUCAACAGGAAAGUAGUAAUUGGAUGUAUCGGAUGGGGCAGAUGGUGUCUGGAGUGUCUAAGCAACUUCCAAGCAUUGACAAAGCUGUCACUACGAUGUCUUUCCUAGCUUUUGGCAUUUUCAUGGCUAACUUGGUGGUACAAGCCAUAGCUAAUACAACCACCUUGAACUCGCUCCUGGGUCGAGAGGAUGAGAUUAAUUUCAGUGGACUGCAGCUUGACUUUUCUUCCCUUGCAUUUGAAUUUAUGGAUAAUCUUGGCCUUGAAAAAGAUGUUGAUGACAAUCAUAAAAACAACACACUGCUUAAGAAAGUGGCACAGGUCAUCAGUCAGGUCUACAUUAGUCUUCAUGAGAUAGCCAGAGUUGGUAUGGCACACCUGAUAUCAGUUCUAGGGCUUCAUAUACCAUCAUUAAAUACUCAACCCAGGGCUGCUAAUCUUGAGCCAGGAUGCAUGCAGCGACUUUUGUGCGAGGGACAUAAUAUAACCACACCCAGCUUUAAAAAAACAGCCUCUUAUAGACUUCUGCCCUUUUGGACGGGUCAGUGCCAUAGUUCUAUGGUUUUAACUCUGGGGGGUGUUGUUGGUUAUUUUGGGGACUCCCAACAUUCCAAAAUACUGAGGAGUGCGCAGAGGUUGCAGGAGCAAGGCCUAGAUUGUGCGUUUCUCUUUCCAGAAUGUACGGACUUGAUGACCCUAGAAAAGUUCAUUCCUCACAGUGUCAAAUUACAAGGCUCAGGUUGACAAAGAUAAACGAGGGAUAGGUUUUAACAAAUUGGGAAAGUUGUCCUUGGUAAAUACAGUGCUAAAUUUA